GUUCAUCUAUAUAUCUAUAUCUACAGACAUUAGGGAAAUGGUAAAGCUUAUUUAAUAUUUUUACAUCAGAUCCGCCGUAAUCUAUACGUAAUUAAAUAAUAAUUAUAUUAUUCAAUUCGCGGCAAAGAUUAAUUAUAAUGGUCAGAAUUGCGGGAGGGCGUCCAGUGCAUCGCAUCAGCCGGCAACAACGUCAGCCGUGCAUGCAUCGGGCGCGGAUGGGCGCCGCGGCCGCCGUUGCGUCACAGCGUCGCACUGCACGGAUUGCACCCAAUCACGACAACGUUAUUGGGCGCCGAGACGAGGCGAGCGCCUGCGCCCGGCGCCCGCGAAGGCGCCCGAACGCGCGCGACGUCCGACGUCUCUCCAGUACCGUGUUGAUAGCGGAGCACAGCACGCGAUCGGGCUCGGCAGCUUUAUCCCGGUCUCUGUUUACCUUUAGUGUAGUCGUAGUUCAGGCAAUUUGUAACUCAGUGUGAUGGAGAGCCAAAAUCAGGAACUCGUCGCCGCCGGAUCACCCGCUGAGGUGCCAAAUGAUCCCGGGAAAAUGUUUAUCGGCGGACUCAGUUGGCAGACAAGUCCAGGUUGUUGUGAUGAUUUAGGUUACUUCGUAAUUGAUUUAAAAAUACUUCAGCUUCUUGAGCUUCGAUCACAAUUAAUUUGCGCAACUGAUAGUCGACAAAUAUUUGUAAGCUUUCGAAAGUAUUGGAUAAGCGUGAAGGUUGACACGGUCCAAGUGUACGUGGAUCAAGUAGCCUUGGACGCUGCGCGCGCCUCACUUGGACGAUACUUGGAUAGUACCAACUGUUCAUCCAACAAAGCCUAUAAUGCUUCAAUCACAUCCACAGCCUUUAGGGAGAGCUGCUCUAGAUGGAUGAGCCUUCUGCGGCAAAAUGCCUUACAGUCGCAAAGCUUGUAUUACGCAGACUUAGAGGCUUUUCCACAAAAGCGACAUAGGUCUGAUUCUGUUCUGUCCAUCUUUACCAGGUGGUAA